GUCCCAGGCGCGAGUCGCACGAUGUAUCACGCGGAAUCUCGCAGGCCAACGGCCACGGUCCCUGUGCUCCUUCUCCGAGUAUGGCUCGCGUCGCUCGUGUUCUUGUGGUGCCCGGUGUUCUGCCAGGAGAGUCUGACGAACCGCAUGCGGGCGAUCAGCGAGGAUUUGGACCGGCAGCUGAACGAGAUAAUGGCCUCGCAGGCGCUCAGCUACUCCACGGUCAACACCGCCGGGCUGCCCUACAACGCCACCACGAAGUUCAACCCGAAGGGCAUGGGCCAGCUGUACAAUGUGACGAAUAUGUUCAUCGACUUGGUGCAGAGCAAGCAGGCGUAUCCGGAAGGUAUGAUCACCGUGGUGGACGGUAUGCCGGUUCUCGCGGAUCCUCUUAAGGAAUGGAAGAUCCUGGUGACCCAUUACGGCGGACUGGCCGGCCUCGCCCUGGUCGGACUCCUCGUGGCGGCCAUCCUGCCCUGCGCCGGUCUCUUCUUUUGUUGCUGCAGAUGCGCCGGCCACUGCGGCGCCCGAAGCCAGCCAUUCGACAAGAAGCACGAUCAUUGCAGGAAGAUUAUGCUCAGCAUCGUGCUGAUCGGCGUCGCCACCAUUCUGCUUUUCGGCGUGGUGUGCGCCUUUGUCACCAACGAGUACAUGCAGGAGGGCACGAAAGAGCUUCCGCACAACGCCAAGAGCAGUCUGAAGGACGUGAAGCUUUACUUGAGCUCCACGAAGCAAGAGAUCGAGAAUUUGCUGAAGACCAACUGCGAGGAGCUCGAGGUCACGCUCAACAAUAUCCUGCAGGCCAGCGGCAAGAUCGUCACCGAGCAAUUGGCGGAGUAUUCGCACGCCGUCUCCCUGACGAAUCUCAAUGACAUAGUUACCGGCCUGGAGUCGAUCAGGGAGGAUCUCAGACUCAUGAAUAAGAUAACGCAGGAAUUGCGGAUAAACGCCAGUCAAUUGGACAUCGUUGUCCGUGGCGUCAAGAAGAAUCUUCUCCACACGUUAGCUGCUUGCACGACAGACAAGUGCCAACGGGUUCUACACGACUACAAAGUGAAUCAAAUGUCGGUCCAAGUAGACUUCGAUAAGUACAUGGACCGAUACUUCCCGAAGCUUCAGUCUCUGCCGGACGUGACGUUCGCGUUGCACAACAUCACUGUGCUCAUGGAGGGCAAUAUAGUGUCGGAGGUGAGCCAAGGUAGAGAGUCGUUCCUGAAGAUCCAGAAGGACAUUCAGCACGCCGUGAAUCAGACGAUCCCCGUAGUCAGCGCGAGUAUCCGACGCGCUUGUAACUUCCUGGCGACCAUCGCCGCUAACAUGACUAGCCUCAUCGACAGACUGAAUAUCGACAUAGAUAGAGUUUACAUUCCGCAUCUAGACAUCGCCCGGAACAAUAUAGAUCAGUAUUCGCCCUAUAGAUACUAUCUCGGCCUGGGUAUAUCCGGUAUUCUUCUGACUGUCUUGAUGUGUUUGACGUGCGGUCUCCUCUGUGGCAUUUGCGGAAAGCGACCGGACGGAUACGGGGACGAUUGCUGUAACAAAGGGUCAGGUGCACGGUUUCUCAUGAUGGCCGUGUGGAUCAUCUUUCUCCUGACGAGCGUGUUGAUGGUUAUAACCGUGGUUCACAUGGUGACCGGUGUCAUGGCUCAGCGCGGUGUCUGCGAGCCCCUGAAGAAUCCGAAGGACAACAGAAUGUUCGAGCUGGUCGACGAGCUGGUGCAGAUCAAGCGGGUACUUUACCCGAACAAUCAGAAAGCGGAUAUUAAUAUGAGUUAUAUCGUUACCAAGUGCCAUGAAAACGAGACGCUUUAUAACGUGCUGAAUCUGAAGAAUCUCUACAACGUGGAGGAUCUGCGUAGUUACAACGGGCGUUACGACAUCAACGACACGAUCCAACAGCUGCGACGGAAGAUCAGCCUCUCUCCGGGCGUGGUGAUCUUAAAGGACAGCGCGAGGUCCAAGUUGAACGACCUCGCGCAGAGCGGUCUCAGCGACAUCAAGUUCUACCAAUACGCCGAGUUGCUCGCCGAGAACAUCACGAACAUCAAUCUGGAGCACCUCGCCAAGCAAUUGCGCGAAGUUUCCGCCAAGUUGCCGAGCGGCCAGGAGGACAUCAGGGACAGUCUCGAGAAGAAUGCCCACGACCUGGAGCAUUACCACAGAGACCUAGUGAUGCCGAUGGCCACGCUUAGCGAGCAACUGAGCGCGAACGCACUGAUGCUGCAGGAGAACAUCAAGUUCAACCACAGCUCGAUGGCGGAAGCCAUUCACGAUCUGGUGGACGAGGUCACCAAGGCGCAGCAGUUCCUCAACAAAGACGGCCCGGAAUACGUUCAAUACCUCGCGACCAGGUUUGGCAACGCGUUCCUACUUCAGGUGGACAAAUUCCUCGACCAUGUGAUCGAAAGGGCUAAGAACGAGAUCGGCAGGUGCGCUCCCGUUUCGAAUGCUUACAACGCGACUCUCGUGGCGGGCUGCAAUAAAGUUCUGGACCCGUUCAACGGCUUCUGGGCGAGCGUCGGCUGGUGCUUGAUCCUAUUCAUACCGACCAUAGUGCUCUGCGUGAAGCUGAGCGCCCUCUACCAGAAGUCGGAUCCGUACCCGGGACCCCUCGUUGAAGCUGAAUAUUUGUAUGACGCGUACGCAGACAGGGAUAACAUACCCCUCGCCCAAGCUCCGCUAGGAAAGACACACACAGAGAAACACAAAUCGUCCAUGACAAGAAGCACGUGUCCCACAGCAGGCAUCAUCCGACGGCGUACGUUGAGAGUUACGACGGUCCCGCAGGAUAUAGUGAACGCGAGAGGAUUUCCGACGCUCACCAGAGUACGUCACAUCAUGACUCAAGAUACUCCAACCUGGCGCCUAAGUGAGUGGGAACCCUGCGGGGGGCUCAACCUCUCGCGUCUCUCGAUACGCCUCUGCACAAACUGGGACUUCCCCAACGGUGGACCGCCAAGGUAUCAACCAGCCGCCGGGGCCCCGCCUCCGUUAAGCACCGAAUAUGAACGACCGCCGCCCUAUUACUAUCCUGGACCGGGGGAUAGAAAUUAGGAAACAAGUGCCGUGGCAUGCACGAAAGCAGCGCUGAACAGUGUGGCGACGCACAGCCUCACGCGCAGUUACAAGCGAACGCUCAAGAAGAGAGAGAAGUCCGGAUGCAAGAGAGACUACGUGUAAAUCCCUCGCGUUGUUCCUGAGCGUGCCACGGAUUGUGCGAACACCAAAAGUAACUAAAGACCAUGUUUGAUACAGACUGAUGAUAGGCUAAUGAUCUUCUUCGCGACGUGUUUCCUUUCCGUUUACCUUCCGCGAGCGGAGCCUGAGUAGUGCGCUCCCUUGCUUUUCUCGGCGUUCCUCGAGAGAAUUUCAAAUACUCUCUUUCUGUGUCUCUCGUCCUCCGCGAGAGACACGCCUCGUUCUUCUAAGUGAGACGCGGAGCAAUCGGGGAACGCCGCUCUCCGUGUUCGUUUUCUCCAGUUUCUCUUCUUUCGUUCUCGGAAUCGUGUGUGUAAAAGUGUUCAAUUUCUUCGGCUCACUCGGUAGCUAUUUUUACCCCGUCGAGCGAUGCCCAGGCACGGCGUCGCUCGUCUUUUCUUCGCAUAAAUCGGCCGAACUCAUUUCGAAUAAUUUCGACCGUACUUCACGAGAUAAUAAAAAUAUUGGCACGGACAGAACGAUUGAUCGAGUGCGAGAGAAGUGGUCGAAGGAGAACAAGAGCCGAUCGAGAGAGAGAAAGAAAAGAAUUUCUUUCGCUACACGCGAAGACACGCGAAGACUGUGCGGCUACCGUGAGAGUCUCGCCGCUCUCACGUAUACUCGCAUAUCCACCGAUCGAGUUACGUAAAUGCACAAAAUACUACAACGCUGCCAAUUCAGUGCGUCGCAUUUUAACCCGCGAAGAGAAAGGCCCGCCGUUGUAGCCGGACGUCGAGUGCACACCUCGUGGACAACGAUUCGUCCCCGAGCUAGAUGUAGCGGAGCAAAUCCAAAAGAUACCUAUCCUCUUCUAACCAGAAGAAUGUUCAUAUAAAGUCCAUUCUACAAUGUCAGUAAGGUUGUGGCUGUAAGUUUGUAAGGCGGUCCCCAAUCUGCAAUACUAGUUUGAUAUCGGCUCCACUGUGUUUAUUCUACGUUUUGUCCUACCGCACAGAACAGGAUAAGUGUCUUUCAAUCUGGAUCUAUAAUAGGUGCAAUAAGCCUUUAGCUUUUUGUUCUAAGCCAUAAAAUGUAAUUUCGUAAUGUAAUUUCUGACAAAAGGCGCGCUGCCGAAAGUCGUAACAACGUUUGAGCCUCGAGUUGGAUCUACAAUGGGGUCGUACAGUCGUACUCGUUCCGCUUCCAAUUUCAACGACUACGACCAAUUCAAUCGCCCGGAAGUGGGCCGACUCGCACGACUGCGAUUUUACGACCUUACGAUUGCCGACCUCAUUAUAGACCCAACUUUAGGAAUGGCAACGUUCGGUGGCUGUAAAAACGUUUUCCGCUAGAAUUUACGCGACAAUUUAGCGCUUAGAACUCAAGGCUCACUAUAUCCACCGUUGCAAAUCCAGCCAGAAAUCCAUGUUCUGAACUCACUUUAAUCGAUGAAAGCGCCUUAAAUGUGGUUUCUCAGCCAAUCGGGUGAUUCCUAAACCACUUUUAGAGGCACCGGUAAGGGACCUUCGUCUCGCCUUGCUAAAUCUAACUCAGGACGAAUCGUCGUCCACGGGCGUACAGCGCGGACCGCGUUCGGCCGGUCCACCAGUUUCCGAGCACUGAACCAACGCCAUAUGAAAAUGCCAAACGAGAAACAAACACAUACACACACGCGUGUGGCACGCACCACUCGCGGCAGCACACGCAUGAGCGUCGUCGCGGCUCAUCAUACACUUCGGAUCUCGCUCGUCUCUUUAACCGAGGAAGAAAAAAAUAACCGUUAUAGAAGAAACGAACUGACAAUUCUUGUCCGCGCGGAGCAGCCGCGCCCGGCGAUACCCACCGCGCGGCUUCUCGACUCGCGGCGGAGGGAGAAUUUCCGAGGGCGACCACCGCCGCUAUUAUAAAUACUCUGUGUACAUGGAUUUUUAAGUAGCCGUUUUCUUACUACUAUCUUACUGUGUAAAACUUAUCGAUGUAAGCCGACGAUUUCGAUUCCUACACCGCGUAGACAGUGCGCCGUCCGCCGUGCGUAUUUGGUCGGUCACAACCAGGACCGAAUGAAAAUAUCCGGUUUCGGUCAACUAAAAUAUUUCAUAAAGGUUACGGUUUUUCGGUUCCGGUUUUCUGGACAAUGAAAGCGCCGAUACCGUUUAAAUUAUGUUUUUUUUUUUUUUCGAUUCCUGUUCUUUAAACUGGCUUCAUUACUGAGAUUUUUAUUGAAUUAAAUUUUAUAUAUAUAUAACACGUACAAUAAUAUAUUAAAUGCUGUAAUUGAUUUUUCGUGACUGACCAUAUGUUCGCAUGUAUAAACGGAUCUACGCGCUGUACGAAUCUCUCGAUGUGUGUAUUAUCGCAGCGUCAUUGUCCGUCUCGGGUGCGGUAACCUCCCGAUACACACACAAACACACACAUACACGUACGAGCAGUCCACGUUCGUGCACGUUCAUUUUAUUUGUAUUAACACGGUGAAUCUGAGAGUCUAUACGGGGUAUACACACCGAAUCGUUCGUAAAAUGCUGCCUUCGCGGACCAGCCGAUUCACAUCGACGAGAGAGAAAGAGAGAGAGCGUCGCGUCGAACGUCCCGGUUGACUGUAUUGUACCUGUAUAUACUCGCGUAGAUCCCACCGAAUCGACUGUUUUUCUCUGAGAGAAAUUCCUUAGGUAUCGAUGAAAUUUUAAGAAGAGGAGAAAAAUCAAUCGCAAACACAACACGGAUCAUUUACUUCCGCAACAAUGUGCGUGUCACUACCGAGGAGAGAAAUCCACUCGCUCGUUUAAAAAGUUCAACCGUUAACCCACGUUCUCAGCAUUGUUGCCAAAAAAAAA